AUGGGCAAUCAUCAUAGCCAGUCAUACACCCUCUCAGAAGGCAGUCAACAGUUGUCCAAAGGGGACACCCAGCCCUCGGUUGUCGUGCAGCCUCUCAGCCACCCAUCAGGGAAUGGAAAGCCAGAGGUCCCACAGCCUGCUAAAGCGAGCAGUCCUCAGGUUUUUGAUGUGGAUCGAGAUGCCAAAAAGCUGAACAAAGCCUGCAAAGGAAUGGGAACCAAUGAAGCAGCCAUCAUUGAAAUCUUAUCGGGCAGGACAUCAGAUGAGAGGCAACAAAUCAAGCAAAAGUACAAGGCAACAGAGCUGGAGGAAGUACUCAAGAGUGAGCUGAGUGGAAACUUCAAGAAGACAGCGUUGGCCCUUCUGGACCGCCCCAGCGAGUACGCUGCCCGGCAGCUGCAGAAGGCUAUGAAGGGUCUGGGUACAGAUGAGUCCGUGCUCAUUGAGGUCCUGUGCACGAGGACCAAUAAGGAAAUCAUCGCCAUCAAAGAGGCCUACCAAAGGCUAUUUGACAGGAGCCUCGAAUCCGAUGUCAAAGGUGAUACAAGUGGAAACCUAAAAAAAAUCCUGGUGUCCCUGCUACAGGCUAAUCGCAAUGAAGGAGAUGACGUGGACAAAGAUCUAGCUGGUCAGGAUGCCAAAGAUCUGUAUGAUGCAGGGGAAGGCCGCUGGGGCACUGAUGAGCUUGCCUUCAAUGAAGUCUUGGCCAAGAGGAGCUACAAGCAGUUACAAGCCACCUUUCAAGCCUAUCAAAUUCUCAUUGGCAAAGACAUAGAAGAAGCCAUUGAAGAAGAAACAUCAGGCGAUUUGCAGAAGGCCUAUUUAACUCUCGUGAGAUGUGCCCGGGACUGCGAGGGCUAUUUUGCUGAACGUCUGUACAAGUCAAUGAAGGGUGCGGGGACGGAUGAGGAGACGUUGAUUCGCAUAAUCGUGACCAGGGCCGAGGUAGACCUUCAGGGGAUCAAAGCAAAGUUCCAGGAGAAGUAUCAGAAGUCUCUCUCUGACAUGGUUCACUCAGACACUUCCGGGGACUUCCGGAAACUGCUAGUAGCCCUCUUGCACUGAGCCAAGCCAGGGCAAUAGGAACACAGGAUGUAACCGCCUUUGUCAAGAGCACAUUCCAAAUCAAACU